AAGCCGUGGUACAGACAACCCUCGCAUAUUAGUUCGUUGAGAGUUUCGUUACUCAGCUCGCCACGAACGUUUAGCAUUACUCAUUUUUAUAGUCUUCCUUUGUAAAGAAGAAUUUAUCAGCCAAAAUGCGAGAGUGUAUCAGUGUCCACAUCGGUCAGGCUGGCGUCCAGAUUGGUAACUCCUGCUGGGAGCUGUACUGUCUUGAGCACGGCAUCCAACAAGAUGGAAACAUGCCUAGCGAUAAGGCCAUGGGCUCCGAUGACUCCUUUAAUACCUUUUUCAGUGAAACGGGAUCCGGAAAACAUGUACCUAGAGCGGUGUUUGUAGAUCUAGAACCUACAGUUGUUGACGAAGUUCGUACAGGGGCAUAUCGUGCCCUUUACCAUCCAGAACAGCUCAUCACGGGAAAGGAGGAUGCUGCCAACAAUUAUGCCCGUGGACACUACACAAUUGGUAAAGAAAUCGUUGACCUCGUGCUGGACCGCAUCAGGAAAUUGGCAGACAGCUGUACUGGUCUUCAGGGUUUUCUAAUCUUCCACAGUUUUGGAGGGGGUACUGGCUCAGGUUUCACAUCCCUUCUCAUGGAAAGACUUUCAGUUGACUAUGGAAAAAAAUCAAAACUAGAGUUUUCCAUAUACCCUGCUCCCCAGGUCUCUACUGCUGUUGUUGAACCCUAUAACUCCAUUUUGACCACUCACACCACCCUGGAGCAUUCCGAUUGCGCCUUCAUGGUAGACAAUGAGGCUAUUUAUGACAUCUGCCGACGCAAUUUGGACAUUGAACGACCAACCUACGUUAACCUAAACAGAUUGAUCAGUCAGAUUGUGUCUUCCAUUACUGCUUCCUUACGUUUUGAUGGUGCUUUAAACGUAGAUCUGACAGAAUUUCAGACUAACUUGGUCCCUUAUCCAAGAAUCCACUUCCCCUUGGUAACCUAUUCUCCUGUAAUAUCUGCCGAGAAGGCUUACCACGAGCAACUUACAGUGGCUGAAAUCACCAAUUCUUGUUUUGAACCAGCCAAUCAGAUGGUGAAAUGUGAUCCUCGUCAUGGCAAGUACAUGGCCUGUUGUAUGUUGUACAGAGGUGAUGUUGUUCCCAAGGAUGUCAAUGCUGCCAUUGCUGCCAUCAAGACCAAGCGAUCCAUCCAAUUCGUGGAUUGGUGUCCAACUGGGUUUAAGGUUGGCAUCAACUAUCAACCCCCAACCGUUAUCCCUGGUGGUGACCUCGCCAAAGUCCCUCGUGCUGUAUGCAUGUUGUCAAACACCACAGCCAUCGCCGAGGCAUGGGCUCGCCUUGACCACAAGUUUGACCUGAUGUACGCCAAGCGCGCUUUCGUCCACUGGUACGUUGGAGAAGGGAUGGAAGAAGGCGAGUUCUCGGAAGCAAGAGAAGACUUGGCAGCCCUUGAGAAGGACUACGAAGAAGUCGGGAUGGACUCUGCUGAUGGUGUUGAAGACGAAGGAGAAGAAUACUAGAAGGAGGUCAACGGUUCUCUGGCUGUUGUACUAUGAGGGAACAAGCUUCAAAGAGCCUUAUCUUAAUUGAUAAAUAUCAAGACCUGAAAAACUAAAAAUAAACAGAAUUCCAAUAUGUU